ACACCCGGAAACGAUCGUGAAGCCCUGUUUCUGGAUAAAGUUCGAAUGUGUUGCACUCUAUUCGAUUUUAAUGAAGUCACGCGACAAGUGAAAUCGAAAGAGAUUAAACGUGUCACACUUGUGGAAUUGGCCGAAUACAUCACAAUGAAUCAGAACUGCCUGACGGAACCGAUCUAUCACGGGCUGGUCAAAUUGCUACAAACAAACGCAUUUCGAGUACUGAAUGGACCGGAUUUGACAAAUCCCGAAGCUGCACUGGAUGAGGAUGACGAGGAUCCGUGUUUAGAACCGUCAUGGCCUCACUUACAGUUGGUCUACGAAACAUUUCUACGAUUCGUCAGUUCCCCAGAUUUCCAACCGCUGUUAGGCAAAAAAUAUAUAAACCAAGACUUUCUGACCCAAUUCAUUCAAUUAUUUGAUUCGGAAGACCCACGGGAACGGGAUUAUGUGAAAACGAUUCUGCACAGAAUUUUUGGCAAACUCAUUCAUCUGCGUUCGUUCAUACGUCGAUUAAUUGACUACGUAUUUCUCAAAUUUGUUUACGAAGAAGACAAACAUCGAGGGAUUGCCGAGUUGUUAGAUAUAAUGGACAGCAUUAUUCAUGGCUUUCAAGUACCGCUAAAAGAAGAGCACAAAACAUUUCUACGACGGGUGCUCCUUCCUCUGCACAAGGCGCGUUCCUAUUGCGUCUACUAUCAACAGCUCACAAACUGUGUGACAGAAUUUAUCCGAAAGGACAGUAGUCUACUAUCUCCAGUAAGUGAUUCAUGA